CCUAUAUAUAUAAACAACUACUAGAAAAACUAGAUUCAUCUCACGUUGCAAAAUUAUCAAAUAUAGUAUAGCGGUUUAGAUAGUACAAUACAUAUUGUAUUCAAAAUGGCUGCUUCUAGACAUUUGCAUCUAACUCGAAUUUCCACGACAUUGUUUCGAAAUAUUUCUGUUAUACGUUCCAAUUGUAAGAGUGUCACUUGUCGCAAUUAUCACAGAACAGUAACCAAGUCUACUGAAAUCACGUAUAGAAAAUAUGGCGACCCAAGGCAAGUUCUAGAAUCAAACACGGUUGAUGUUUCCAACUCGGUUCAGCCGAACGAGGUUCUUGUUAAAAUGUUGAUGGCACCUGUUAAUCCAUCAGACAUUAACAUGGUAGAAGGAACUUACUUUAUCCGUCCUUCAUUACCAGCUUUUGUCGGAAAUGAAGGAGUUGGGGAGGUUGUCAACAAAGGGUCAGAUGUUUCUGCCCUUGAAAUAGGCGACAGAGUAAUUCCACGUGACAGUGGUUUUGGAACGUGGAGAAGUUACGCUGUGUCCAGAGUGUCGGAUCUGAUGAAGAUAGCAAAGGACAUUCAACCACUUGCGGGAGCAACAAUUUCCGUGAAUCCUUGUUCAGCUUACAGGAUGCUAAAGGACUAUGUUACUCUGCAGCCUGGGGAUUAUAUCAUUCAAAAUGGCGCAAACAGCUCUGUUGGACAAUGUGUUAUUCAGCUUGCUAGGCAGUGGGGCAUUAAAACAAUAAAUAUAGUAAGGAACAGAACAGAAAUCGAAGAUCUGAAAACUUAUUUGAAAAGUAUUGGAGCAGAUCAUGUCAUAACAGAAGAAUUUUGCAGAACUCCAGAAAUGAAACCGCUGCUAAAAUCGUUGCGAAAUGCCCCUAAAUUGGCGCUUAACUGUGUUGGUGGGAAAAGUUCUACAGAGCUGUUAAGAUGUUUGGCACCUGGUGGAACCAUGGUUACAUAUGGUGGAAUGUCAAAACAACCAGUCAUUAUACCAACCGGAACUUUAAUAUUUAAAGAAAUACGUUUAGUUGGUUACUGGAACACGCAGUGGAAUAAAAACAAUGUAGACAAUGCAGAAAGAAACAACAUGUUUCUAGAUUUGUGUGAUCUGAUUCGUUCAAACAAGUUGCUCCCACCCAAGUGUCAGUUUGUUCCAAUUUCACAAUUUCAGAAAGCUGUGACUACAGCCAUGGAAGGUUUCAAAAGUGAAAAGCAGAUCCUUGUGAUGGACGAAUCUUUACUGUGAUCGGUAACUGCACAGUGAUCUGAUUUGCAUUAGCCAUGUACUUCCCAUGAAAUAAAGUACCAGAUCACUAGCAAGAUCAUCAAGGUUUUUUCCCCCGUACACUGUUAUUUUCUUUACUUCACCCAAGUGUUUAACACAUUAUUUUUUUUGCUUAUCAGAAUGGUUGACUUGAUUGGUAAUUUUUCACUUAGGCUGUUUGAAGCUCUUUCUCAAAAUAAAGCGUUGAACGAUUA